AGGGGGAAGUGUCGUCAAACGAUCCUGGGGGAACGGAUCGGUAGGAGGGAAGGGAUUAUUAAUGAGAACAGAAUGCGAAAGAGAGAUCUACGCCACUGAAAAAGUCUGCAGCGGGCCAUGUACUGUGAGUGGGAAAAGAGGUAAAGAAGGGGAAGGGCUACCCAUUCGGUAGCAAAUGCUGGUAACCCGUCGCAAGGUCAAGAUCAGUCGGUUAAUCCUAUCCAGUCAGCCGAGGCCCUUGCACCUUGGAGGACGAACGACCCUCACGCUCGCAACUGAAAUUUUCACUUUGCGAUCAUCGCAAGCCGAGCUUGAUUUGCUCUAAUUUUCGAAUUUGCUCGAUUCUCACCUGGAGGGAAUAUACAUAUCGAUAAAUCGUGUUCCUCAUCUAGAUCUAAGCCGAGAGCGGACACGAAAACAACGUUCGAUCGGGAACACAGGGACAGUUUCGAGUGCGCUCUUUAUAGUGUGUCUUUUAAUUGUACCAAAAAAAUAUUCAAGUGUAUUUUUUUUUUCUCGUGGUGGCGAACAUUUUUUUAUUUAAGAUCGUUAUUAUUCUUGUUUCUUUUAUAAAUCGAUUCAGAAAGUUGUUUUUAUUAUCCUUUGAUAGUCACUCUAGUUCUUAUUUCUUUUUGAAAACGAAGUUUUUGGUUUGAGAAUUUGUUGAAAAGAAAAAAAAAAACAUCGACGUUUGGCCAUUAUCAGUUGAUAAACGUUCGAUAGAAAAGAAUCGAGGAUUUUCUCGUGUGGCCUGUUCAGAAAAGUGUUUAUAACGGUGGAGACAACGAUAGCUGUGAUAUCCCCAAAGCAUCCCUUUUAGGGGGCCUCUGUUAUGGAAACCUGUGUUCUGAUACCCAAAGAAUUUUCAUUGGCACUUGCGAACGAUCGAUCAAACUAUAAAGGCCUCUUCAAGAAUGAUUCAGGAAGUUUAGUUACGGACGUAAGAAUAUCCGUAUGGUCCAACGUGCUUAUUCCGGCGGGGACGUUGAUCUACCCCUUUCAGGGAUCCAUCCGAUUCGACAAAAUCGACCUUUACUCCCUUUUAGAUGACAAUGAUAUCAGACGCGAAUAUGGCUGCUACGAUGAAGUCUUCUUUUCAAAUUACAGCCUUAACAAGCGUCAGUGCAAUUGGAUAAGAUUCCUUCGUAUCGUUCAGUCUUAUGACGAACAAGUAAACUUAAUUGGUACCAAAGUGAAAGGGGAUCCGAUCUUUGAAGUAAUAAAAGAUGUUCAACCGGAUACAGAAUUAGUAGCUUGGUUUCUUCCUACAGCAGAACAAGAUUUCGUCUUUAUACCACACGACAUGUGUUCGAGGUCUGCUCUGUACAGAUGCACGAUUGACUCCAUUUUAGAUGAAUCCCCAUUAGACUUAUCCAUGGCAUUGCUCUCUCAUCAUUCGUCGUCAACUAUCUCGCAUCCCUAUUACGAGGUGGAUGAAUACGAAUCAACAUCCGAGGAGUCCUCGUCAUCGACGUUGUCCUUGACAGGAGAUCAUUUAGAUUGCAGUAUUUUAACGACAAUUAAAAGAGGAGAGAGAGUUCUUUUGCCGUGUGAAGUUUGUGGGAAAUCUUUCGACCGACCUUCUCUCCUGAAACGUCAUAUGAGAACGCACACAGGAGAGAAACCGCAUGUUUGUAUGGUGUGCAACAAGGGUUUCUCAACAUCGAGCUCGCUGAAUACGCACAAACGAAUCCAUAGCGGUGAAAAACCUCAUCAGUGUCUUGUUUGUGGUAAGAAGUUUACAGCCUCCUCCAAUCUCUAUUAUCAUCGUAUGACUCAUAUCAAGGAAAAACCACACAAAUGUUCACAGUGCUCUAAAUCUUUUCCAACACCGGGAGAUCUUAAGAGUCAUAUGUACGUGCAUAAUGGGCUAUGGCCAUUUAGGUGCCAUAUUUGUAGCCGUGGUUUCAGUAAACCAACCAAUCUUAAAAACCAUAUGUUACUACAUCUUGGCAGAUGUUCGAACAAGAAGAUUGUCAAAUCCAUUUCAGAUUAUUGACCAACCGAUAAUGCCUCCUCAAUAAUUUAGAAAAUCUAUUGAGAAAUCUAAAUUUCGGAAAAAUUUACAAAAAAUAGAAAUUAAAAUUAAAUCUCCCUAUUUAUAUUGCUAUUUGAAAAAACUCAUGUAGAGUUUGACACGCAGUACAAUUUGACUUACACUUUAAUCUUGUUAUUAACUCUUCAAUUGCUCAUUA